AUGGCGCAGAAGGGCGUUGGUGACAUUGUGGACGUACCUCCAGACAGAGCUCUUAAAGAAGUUUUAAAAAUUCAGACAGCUAAAUUAAUACUGAAAGAUGAAGAAAAGGAAGUGACUGCUCAGAUUUGUCUGGACGAUUUAAUUUUGGAGGAUAAUGUUUCAUCACCAAAGGUGCACAGCUCUAUGCAUAUGACUUAUGCAGCAUCAGGAGACACAAAUAAAAGUGAGGACGUUGCUGCAGUUAAUAGAGCUCCAAAUCAUGCUGAAACCACUAAAACUGCUGAAAUAACCUCUGACACCCCUGCAUUCCCCGUCCCCCUCUAUCAGUACUGGUACAUGCAUCAUGCAUACAGAAAGGAGUUGGAGCAAAUAAAGAAUAAGCAUGGAGUCUCUAUUAGUGCAGAAGUGUCAGUGUUAAUCAAACCUACCCAGAACUCAAGCUCUGAUUCUGUCGCCAAAGCCUUUGAUGACUUUCUGACACUUGUUACGGAAUGUGUGAAUAGUUUUAAUGAUGUUGCCAUUAAUCAUAAUGACAUCAAUUCAGAUAUUGUAAAGGAGUCCAUGCACAAAAUUCGAUCAGAGGACGAAAAGAUGAUGUUCACCAUGUCUGCCAGUGACUGCCUGUUCUUCGGACCGAAGAAAUUUACAAACAUGAUUAAAAGAGUGACAAAUGAAAUGGAUGUAGAUAACAACGUUUCUCCACAAAGAAGGUUUUCACUGGAAAUGGACACUAAGGAACUUCCAACUCAACUUGAGAUGGACAAGGUUCAUUGGGAUCUGAUGAAUCUUUCCUAUAAGGAACAAUUAUCAAAACUUGAAACAAAGUAUGGAGUGUCAUUUAAUGAAGAAAAACUGCAGAAAAACGUAAUUAAAGUUCAAGCUCGAUCUAAAGGAGUUCAACAUAUUAAUCUGGAAAGUCAUGCCCUAAGAGCUCUAACACAACUCUACCAGAAACUUGCCUCAGCCACUGUCAGCUGUAAACUCACAAACCCUAGAGAUAAAACUGAUGUGGAACCACUAUUAGAGAAACUUCAGCAGCAGCAUCAUUGUGUUGUGGCAGCAGAUGAACCCUGGAGGCUUGUUGGACUGCCAGAACAUCUCAGUCCUGCCAUUUCUGAUAUUGAGAAGACACUUCAGAAGAAUGUGUUUGAUGACAAAAUGAAGAAAUUGAUUGGAUACUCAGGUGACAUUCCUCAUGCAAGAGACAUCAACUGGAAACAGAUGCCUGAUAAUGGACCAGGAGCAGUGGGUGGAGCUGAAUGGGAUAAGGAAGUGAAUUUUAGAAGACGAAGUGAAGCAGAUACUGAUUUCAAUGAAGAUUUAAAAGGAAAUUCUAUAAAUGACAGUAAAAGUGUUCAUGAUGAAGAGGAGACAUGUGCUAUUUGUAUGGACAGCUUCACCAACAAGAAAAAACUGAAAUGUGGGCAUGAAUUCUGUCAGGAAUGUAUAAGGCUGUCAAUGGAGAGUCUGGGAUCCAUCUGUCCUGUGUGUAAAAAAGUGUUUGGGAAAUUGGAGGGGAACCAGCCAGAUGGAACAAUACAAGUAAAAAGGAGCAAAUAUCCAAGUCUCCCUGGAUAUCUAGACUGUGGCACUAUUGAAAUCAUCUAUGACAUACCCAGUGGUAUUCAAACGGCGAAGCAUCCAAACCCAGGAAAGCCUUUUCGUGGGGCAACUCGUCAUGCGUACCUGCCAGACAAUCGUGAAGGAAAUGAAGUACUCGCACUGCUGCGCAAGGCUUUUGAACAAAAACUGAUCUUUACUGUUGGGAGAUCUACAACUUCUGGCAUAGAUAAUAUCGUCACCUGGAAUGAUGUUCAUCAUAAGACCAAUAAAAAUGGUGGGCCUGAAAGUUAUGGCUAUCCAGACCCUGACUAUCUGAAGAGAGUAAAGGAUGAGUUAAAAGCUAAAGGCAUCGAAUAAGGUUUUGAUUUAUAAGUUCCCAAAUGCACAUCUAAACCUAAUAUUUCCAAUAAACCAUUUAU